CAGGACCAAUGGGAAAACCCACAUUGAACCAUUGAACUGAAUCGGAAAAUUGUGUUGCGACGUCCGAGUUAUUUGUGAAAAUGGAAUAUAUAAAAGGGACGGUCGUUGAGAAAUUAAAACCUCUAUUACCCGAUAAUCUAAUUCCUGGAGUGACAAAUGCAGUAGCAGAACCUAUAGUACACCAGACAAGCCGAGGGAUGACAAGAUCAGAAGUUUUCGCAAAGCUCCUUUCUACCAUGCUUGGCCUUUCGGUUUCAUUUGCUAUCACUUAUUUUGGUGUGAAAUGGCUUGUAAAUGCUAUGGACCCUACAAGAAAAGAUAAAUCAUCUUCUCAGAAACGGGCUAGAGAAAUGCUGAAGCAACUUGGUGUGAAAAAUGUAGAAGAGCUUACUGAGUAUGAACUGUGCAUGGCAGCUAAUUUGGUUGACCCGUUGUCCAUAGAUGUUGAAUGGGUUGAUAUCGGAGGAUUAGAUGAUGUUAUCCAAAAUAUUAAUGAAACAGUAAUACUACCAUUUAAGCGUCAGGAUUUAUUUAGAAAUUCUUCUUUAUUACAGCCUCCAAAAGGGGUAUUAUUAUAUGGCCCACCUGGUUGUGGUAAAACUAUGAUUGCUAAAGCUACAGCAAAGGCUGCAGGUGCCAGAUUUAUCAAUCUUCAAGUUUCAUCUUUAGUAGAUAAAUGGUAUGGUGAAUCACAGAAACGUGCAGAAGCUGUUUUCUCUUUGGCUAUGAAAUUACAACCUUCUAUUAUAUUUAUUGAUGAAAUAGAUUCGUUUUUACGGUCUCGUACAUCAACUGAUCAUGAAGCAACAGUGAUGAUUAAAACACAGUUCAUGAGUUUCUGGGAUGGUUUAAUAACUAAUCAUGAAUGUCAAGUAAUGGUGAUGGGGGCCACAAACAGACCUCAAGAUGUUGAUGCAGCUAUAUUAAGAAGGAUGCCCAGCAUGUUCCAUGUGGGAUUACCGGGUAAAAAACAACGAGAGCAUAUCCUAAAAUUAAUUCUUGAAAAUGAAAAUGUUGAUGAUAAUGUAGAGUAUGUUCGACUAUCUGCUAUAACAGAAGGGUUUUCUGGUAGUGAUUUAAGAGAAGUAUGUAGAGCCGCAGCUGUUAGUGUAGUACAUGAGUUUGUACAGGCUACCAGAUAUGAUGCAUCUAAUAGUGAAGGAUUUCGUAGUAUAGCUAUGUCAGAUCUAGAAGAGGCCACCAGUAAAGUUCGCCUCACAAAAUCAGUGUCAUUAGGUUUACCACAGAGAGUUGAAUUAGAUUAAUAGUAUUAAGACUAUGUGUUAUUGAUUUUGUGAUUUUUUAUAUGUAUAUAGAAGACAUUAAAUCUGUCGACAAUAAAUAAUAUACUGUUGAUUAUGGCUUGCAUAUAGUUGACAUUCCAAUCAAUGGAUGUAAAAUAUGUGAACAAAGUUUAAUAUGAAUUGUGUAGGAUUUAAUUAUUUGCUGUGUUAACAGAUAAUAUUGGACAAUUUAAAGUUUCUUGAAUGUUUAUUGUGACUGUGUAUAGGCAGAAAGACCAUUAUGCGUAUUGAAAUUGGGUUAAUUCAAGUUCAGUGUUAAGUUUGGGAUAUAGUUGUGUUAUGACUGUGUUUAACUUGUUAUAUUAAUAUGUAUGUAUACCUAACUGGGCUUAACAAACACAUAAAUGGCCAUUUAAAAAUGUUAUAUACCGGUACUUGAAGCCAGUGUUUACUACACACUUGACACCAAUUUCACACCACUGUGAUUUAAAUUAUUCAUUAUAUAAUAUGACCAUUAUUAAGGCCAUACAAGUGAUGGGAUCUUGCCUGUAUAUUCCGGAUAUGUCCGACGCUAUUUUCAAAACGUCCUAAAUUGUCUAACCAGGAAAAUGCCCAAUCGGACAUCAAAACAUGGUGAAUAAUAGUGUACUGGCCACCAUACCCAAAAAUAUUCUUGUUCUCAGACAAUUUUUACCAAAAAUCUGAGGGAGUUUUUAUUUUGUCAAAGGAUCACUUCAGAGCUAAAUGACUUCUUAUAUUCAUCAUAUUCAAGGCAUUACAUUUAUCUCAUCAUGUUGUUUAUAGGAAUGUAUGAUUAUCUAGCAUCAUUUAUGAUUGACUCAUUCAUCAACAAGUUCAUCAGUAUUUUCCGGCAUGGUUCCCCCUUGUUAAUGGUGCAGUAGUUCCUUGGCAAGGGACGACAUAUAGUCUUUCAGAUGGGACGAAAAACUGAGGUCCUGUGUACACAUUGGGGUGCAACUGAAAAUUCCUCAGAAAAUACAUUAAUUUGUACCUUGCCUCUUGAAUUAUUUUGCAUCUGAUAAAAAUGUGAUUCUUUUAGCCCCAAACUAAUUACUUCACAAUUAUGUUUUACAACAGGGUAUGAUAUCUAUCAAUUAAAGAUGGUCAUUGAAACGUGAUUAGAUAUCGUGGUUGGCAGAUUUAUAUGGACAACCAAUCAAAGUAGUUUGCAUGCUUAAAAUAUGUGCAUGUAUAGUCAUUUUCAAUAUCAUUUGCAACCAAGAAACUUUCCCAAAUAUGUAAUGGCUUUUGUUUAUAACUUUUAAUGUUUUUAAGAACGGUCUAUGAUUAUGAAUUGUCCUUAUGUAUAUCAGAGAUUAGGAUAAUGUUUAUCUUCAUCUGUGAUAUUUAUAAUAUGACAAAUAUAGAUUAUUACACCAUGAA